AUGGACACAGGCAAACGGCUAGCAGAGAAGAUGGCGGAACACACUGAAACAGAAAUCAACACAUCAGCCGCCCUGAUACAACUACCGCCAUACAACUCGAUCAACACCAGGAGUUGGUUUAUUCAACUUGAGGCGAUAUUUUCAGCCCGAAAGGUCACACGACAGGACACUAAGUACGCCUCCAUGGUACAAGCCUUACCAGCAUCAAUCGUUGAAGAAGUGGAAGACAUCCUUCUCAAUACUCCGGACCAACUCCCAUACACCUGCCUCAAAGAAGCCAUCCUCAAACGAACUGGACGUUCGGACGAAGAACUCAUCAGAGACUUAUUCUCUAAUGUGUCUCUCAGCGAUAGGAUACCAUCCCAGCUCCUCCGCCUGAUGAAGAGCCGCCUCGGGAACAACACUAUGGCAGAACCCAUCCUCCGAGGGCUAUGGAUGGAUCGGUUACCACCGAAUAUAACGCAAGUCCUAGCCCUGGUACCAGUAGAAACGCCCCUUGACGUUGUGGCCGAUUCAGCUGACAAAAUAUACUCCCAGGCUCACCAAAAAGUUCACCAGAUUGAAACCACGAAAACCACACAACGCCUCGAAGAGGAGAUGACCCCAGCCACGCCAGAGUUGAGAGACCUGAAACUCUCCCUAUGCCGGGGCGAAUAG